GGCUCCUGAGUGAAACAUGUCUGCAUCAAGAAGCACUUUUAAAUCCGUGAGCCAUGUACUUUUCGACAUGGAUGGACUUUUAUUAGACACAGAGCGACUGUACACCGUGUCCUUCCAGGAGAUCUGUGACCGCUAUGGGAAGCGGUACACCUGGGAGGUGAAGUCCUCGGUGAUGGGGAGGAGCGCUCUGGUUGCUUCGCAGAUGAUCCGUGAUGCUCUGGAUCUCCCCAUGACCGCAGAGGAACUACUCUCUGAAAGCAGACAGAUCCAAGAGAGGAUCUUUCCCUCCGCCAAAAUCAUGCCAGGUGUGGAGAAGCUGGUGCUCCACCUGCUCAAGCACAACAUCCCCGUCGCCGUGGCAACCAGCUCGGCUGGGGCCACCUUCCAGCUGAAGACCCUCCAACACAAGCCCUUCUUCGGUCAGUUCAACCACAUCGUGCUGGGGGACGACCCCGACGUGAAGAACAGCAAACCUGCCCCCGACUCCUUCCUGGUGUGCGCCUCCAGGUUCCUCCCCCCCGCUGCUCCGGAGAACUGCCUGGUGUUUGAGGACGCUCCUAAUGGUGUGAAGGCGGCGCUGGCGGCGGGGAUGCAGGUGGUGAUGAUCCCCGACGACAACCUGGACCCCAGUCUUACCCAGGAGGCCACGCUGCGACUCAGGAGCAUGGAGGAGUUCCAGCCGCAGCUCUUCGGCCUGCCGGCAUACGAAUAAAUCACAAAGAUUCAGUGAGAAAACCGUGAAAACCUUACUAUAAUUUCUGAUCUUUAACAAUGAUUUAAGUGCUUAAGAAAAUGUAAAAGCCCGUGUUCUAUACUCAUGCUAAUCACAAGGUUGUAUUUCAUGCACAGUGUGAAUACUGUCUUUGCAACUCUGCCCUUUUCAUAGAAUGUGUGGAAGCGUCACUUUUGAAAUGCCAAACACUUCUCACUCUUUCCUCCUUGGAGACCGAAUGUACAACACGAAGCUCUCUCUUCCUUUAUGUUGGGCAGUUCUUUCAUAUAGUGGGAGUACAGUGGAGAAGACUUUGGAGUACACGCACUUGAACAUAAAGCACCUUUAAAUCUUGAGUUGCUUCACUCGGCUUCAAGGUUAAGCUUUCAGUCAGCCUUCCAGUGAUUUCAACACGCACGGCAGUUGUGUUGCCUGCACAUGUUCACCAGGAUCUGUGCGUCUUUCCAUCGAGGGCAUGUUGAAGUGCGUGUACUCCAAAGUCUUCCCGCGUGUACUUUUCUUUGAAAUUGAAAUCCGCCUUGUGAAGAGCUUGGCAUCUUUCCUCUCAUUUGUGCCUGCUCUGACCCAUUUCCAGAUAAUGGUUUCCAGCUGGGGGCGAAAAUCGCUUUGCACCCUGGCUUUUUGUCAUUCUUAAAUCGGCUAUCUUUAAGCUUUUCUUGGAUCUGCGACUGUUUGAAAUGCCCCCACAGCUCUCCGAACAUACAUGUUAAGAAAUCCAUAAAGCUGCACCCUCGUGCCCUUUAUCCUUUACCUUUCCCUUUUAUCCUCCCAGCAGCUGUCCAUGACUGAGGAGGGGUGAAGAGAUAGUUUCUUCUUUUCGUCUGUGCUCACCGCAGAGUGGCUUUGGGACACAUUCAUCAUCUUCAGCAUUUCUACCCGGAUUUUUAUCAGACAAGCAGCUUCUCUACAGGCAAAGUGGAAAACACUGGACGUCAGAGAAAGACAUUGUAUGGAUGACCUCAUUUUAAACAUUUCUUCCGUCUUAAGGGGAAAUAGUAGGGAUGCUCAUCUGAUAACGCAGACUCUCUACAGAUACUGGCUGUCAUAUCUCUGAGGAAGCAGUUUGUAUUUCUCUUCCAGGGAUUUAGAAAGAAAAGUCAUCACCUUCCUGACGGGAAUAAGGGAUUAAAUAAGAAGUUGCUGUCAGGAAAUCCUCUGUGAUUUCUCUAUUUUAAUUGAUUUGUCUUUGACAAUCUAAAGAUGUGCAUCUAAAUACUCUACAGAGCAUUCUCUCGUGUUUAUAGCCUUAAGAAAAUCCCUCUUUCCUUUUUAAAAGCCAAAACAAAUAACUCCUCCAUGAGCUAGGUGGCAGAGCUUGAGAUAUAUUCUUGACACAAAGCGAAGGCAUAUCUCAAGUCUGCAUAUCUCCAAAGCACAGGCGAUGGCUGAAUUGCCAAGAAGGGUGGCGCACAGAAGGAAGCCAAGAUGGGAUGAGGGUGGUUGCUGGGUGUUUCUGUAUUCCACUACCAGAGUGUGCAACCUCCACUUGAACCAAAAGGGUUUUAUGGAGAUGGAGAUAUAGCCGCCGCUGACCAUGAGACGCACUUUGUCUGCUGUGAGACAGGAAGCAGACUCUGAGCUUUCUGCGCUCUCCGUGCUUCCUCAGAGAUGCAAAUAGCCUUCAUGUUUUAUUCAGCUCGGAGCAAUGAGAGAAUACAUUUGAUUACAGGAGCAGGUGAUGGAGAGGACGGUGCUGGAGAGCGAGUUUGUGAAGGAGUUUGAUGCACAAUUAAGGCCAGACAAUAUCAGAUAAGCAUGUUUGGUUGAAAUGAGGAAUGAAACAGGAACUCCUUUGUUUGAAACAAUGGAAUUAUUAUCAUGUAUCAAGAGUUUUUGUUUCUAUAGACGGCUUUGGGAGUGGGUCUGGAACAUAAAUCAGUGUCUAGUACUGUAUGCCGAUGCUGGUUUACCCGAUGCAUUUUAGUGAAAGACAGCCAAUCACAAGGCCCGAAUAGUUUUCAGAACUGCUGUGGACACAUUUAGACAUCCUUGAUGCUUUCCUUGUCCCUCUUCCCUGUUGUACACAAAGGGUUGGCAAAUAAAUUCAUGUUCCCAAGAUGAUGUCAGUUCUCUUAAUUGCUACAUUAUUGCAGUACAUGUGCGUUGCUUUGGAUAAAAGCGUCAUUUAAAUGAUCCGACUAGCCACCAUACGAAGAAACAUCCUUUUGAAAUCUCAUUCUUUCUUUGAUUAUUUAGUAUGCAUUUCAUUUGAGCCUCCACUGCUGGUUUGUUGAAUCAUUUAUUGUGGGAAUUGAUUCUCUGACUUAAAUUUUAAUCAAGUCUAUAUUUAUUCCACCAUGGUCUCCACCAGCCUUUGCCAGCAGACGUUCUGCCUCAGACGACAUCACACUGCUCUCUCAAAGACUCUCUUCUGUGUGAGAGUCAAUAGUGAUCUAAUGCAGAAAGAAAUGUAAAGUAAAAGGAGCCCAUGAAUUCUUUACAGCGACUUUCCUGCGAAUGAGAACAGUGACAAAUGAGCUAACAGAGCAUCAGCAUCUCAUUUCCACGGUCUGCACACUCUCUCCCAAUCUUUUUAUCUCCCACUGUUAAUCUUCUCCUCUUUUGAGGCAUACACUGUGUGGCUUAGAGCCUCCAUUGAAGCAAGGAGAACAUGUGUGAACAAGUGUUCCACAAAACGCCUCUUCCAUCGCCGUACAUCAGCACCAUGAGGACGACCGGUACGCCACUUUACAGAGACGCAAUAAUGGGAAAUGGAAUACAAAUAUACAGUUUGGAGAAUACAGACAUUUAAAGGAAGGCAAAUGAUGCAGUAAAGGGUUGCCUUGGUUCGAUAAAGUGCCUCUGGCUGCACGUCAGGAGAGCUGGUCGCCCUUGAUUUUCUGAAUAAUGUAUGCGGCGUCAGUGUGAGGUGCUGAGAGCAACAUUUCCCUCUUCCAACACAACAAAAUACACAAAAUGUCUCAGAGUACCUCAGCCCACAGCCCACAUGUAUCUCUCACUCUGUAUCUGCCCUUGAGUUUUUCUCUGUUUCAUUAUUGUUCAUAUGCCAUAAAGUCACAAGUUACGGAACCCCUGAAAGCCAAACAAAAGCAAAUGGUGAUUCAAAUUGAAUUCAAAUUGUUUAGUUGAUUUUGUGAUUUAAGAACAUAUUAAAACUUUUUUGUACAAAU